AGGCGCGCCUGGCGUCUGCACUCUGGAGGCCCGGUUCCAGCUCCCGCGGCGGUGCAUCGGGCCGCUUUCCCCUGCUCCAACCUGCUGCAGCCGGACUUUGCCUGAGAGCGCCACGAAGAGGCAGCCGGGUCGCAGGUGGACCUGGGUGAGGCCGAGCCGAGAGGUGCGUGUCCGGUGAGGGGAGAGGAGGCGUUGCAGUGCUGCGGGCGUUCUCCCCGAGGAGAACUGCCUUUCUAGGACACACCUCCUGUGACCUAAAGACUUCCCACCAGGCCAACCUCUUAGACAUCAUAACUGGACUUUAACCCACAACACUGGAACUCACUACAAGAUUCUUCCGGAAGGGACGAGAAGGCUGGCAAGAUUUUUAGCGCCGUGUCUUGCCUGUGAGGUCAUCAGCACACCCAUUGUCAAUGAGGUGCUGUUCCAGAUGCACCUCAUAUUCCUGGUCACUGAUACUUAUCCUCUUUUCUAUACAACAUGUCUAUGGGAGUGGAAAGAAAUAUGCUGCUCCUUGUGGAGGGAGAGAUUGCUCUGUCUGCCAGUGCUUUCCUGAAAAGGGGUCUCGGGGUCAGCCAGGACCACUAGGACCACAAGGUCCAAUAGGACCCCUGGGACCCCCUGGGCCCAUUGGGAUUCCAGGAGAGAAAGGAAUGAGAGGCGACAGUGGCCUUCCUGGAGCAGCAGGGGACAAAGGAGAUAAGGGCCCAACUGGUGUUCCUGGAUUUCCAGGUUUGGAUGGCAUACCUGGGCACCCAGGGCCUCCUGGGCCCAGAGGCAAACCUGGCAGAGAUGGCUACAAUGGCUCAAGAGGUGAACCAGGGUUGCCAGGAGAAAGAGGAGCUCCUGGCUCAGGAGGCCUUCCAGGCCUUCCUGGGCAAAGUGGAGAAAAAGGAAAUUCACUGUUCAUUUCUCGUGGAAUUAAAGGCAUUCAGGGAGACCGAGGGGAUCCAGGACCACACGGCUUACCAGGAUCUAGGGGUGCAAGAGGACCUGCAGGUCCCAUGGGAUAUUCCGGAGCUCCAGGGUUAAUGGGACCUCCUGGCAGUCCUGGGAGCCCGGGUUUGAAGGGAAAUCCUGGUGUGGGAGUGAAGGGACAGAUGGGAGACCCGGGUGAGGUUGGCCAGCAAGGUUCGCCUGGACCCACCCUACUGGUAGAGCCACCCGACUUUAGUCUCUAUAAAGGAGAAAAGGGUUUAAAAGGAAUUCCUGGAAUGAUUGGACUGCCAGGACCCCCAGGACCCAAGGGCAAACCUGGCGUUGGGGCAAAAGGAGAGAAAGGUAUUCCUGGAUUCCCAGGACCUCGGGGUGACCCGGGUUCCUAUGGAUCUCCAGGUUUCCCAGGACUGAAGGGAGAACGAGGCCUGGUUGGAGCACCUGGGCAGUUUGGAUUUCUUGGCCCUAAGGGAGAUCCUGGAGACCGCGGGCGCCCGGGACCACCAGGCAUUUUGGCAACUCCAUCUCUUCCACUCAAAGGUCCUCCUGGGGACCCUGGGUUCCCUGGCCGCUUUGGCGAGAUGGGGGCCUUUGGACCACCUGGCCUCCCAGGUCCACCAGGCAGACCUGGGGAAGCCUGUGCAGGCAUGAUGGGACCCCCUGGACCACAGGGGUCUCCUGGUUCUCCAGGCCUUCCAGGGGCAGCUGGCAUUCCUGGGAGACCUGAUUCUGCUCCCGGAAUACCAGGGAAGCCAGGAUCACCCGGCCUUCCUGGAGCACCAGGACUGCAAGGCCCCCCAGGAUCAGACGUGGUAUAUUGUCGUGUUGGGCGCCCGGGACCACAUGGAAUAAAGGGCAAUGUGGGUCCUCCAGGAGGAAGAGGCUUAAAAGGAGAAAAAGGAGACGAAGGACUCUGUGCCUGCAGGCAUUGUCCUGGGGGCCCCCCUGGGCCUCCAGGAUCUCCUGGGAGGCAUGGCAGUAAGGGGGACUUGGGACCCCCUGGUUGGCUUGGAGAAAAAGGUGAUCCAGGCCCUCCUGGUGCUGAAGGAUCUCCAGGGACACCAGGAAAACCUGGUGCCUCUGGACCACCUGGCAACAAAGGAGCAAAGGGUAACAUGGUUGUACCAAGAGUUAAAGGGCACAAGGGAGACAGAGGACCUGAUGGGCCACCAGGAUUUCCUGGGCAGCAUGGACCACAUGGUUGGGAUGGACUUGGUGGAGAAAAGGGGGAUCCAGGACCCCCAGGGGAUCAUGAAGAUGCAGUCCCAGGUGGUAAAGGGUUUCCUGGACCUCCAGGCCCCCCUGGGGAAGCAGGAGUCAUGGGGCCUCCUGGCAUGGGAUUUCCUGGUUCAUCGGGAGAGAGAGGUCAACCAGGAGCUCCAGGCCACCCAGGCAUGAGGGGUCCUGAUGGCUUGAAAGGUCAGAAAGGUGACACAAUUCUUUGUAAUAUAACCUACCCCGGUAGGCCAGGCCUUCCCGGAUUUGAUGGACCUCCAGGUCUGAAAGGGUUCCCAGGGUUCCCUGGUGCUCCUGGGCCGAGAUGCUUGGAUGGACAGAAAGGCCGGCGUGGCCCUCCAGGAAGGUCAGAAAUACCAGGUCCACCCGGUUUUCGUGGUGAUGUGGGAGAUCCAGGUUUUGGAGGUGAAAAGGGGUCCUCUCCUGAUGGGCCCCCAGGCCCUCCAGGGCCAUCUGGCAUGAAUGGUCAGAAAGGAAUCCCAGGAGACUCUGCGUUUGGUCACCCAGGCCCCCCAGGAAUCAGGGGUCUUCCAGGAGAGCCAGGGACUAAAGGACCCAAAGGUCAUCCAGGACAUUCCGGGGCUGAAGGGGCAGCUGGCCUUCCAGGAUUGCCGGGGCUCAAGGGUCCCAAAGGCAGAGAAGGUAGAACUGGAUUUCCAGGGGUCCCAGGAAUACCUGGCCAUUCCUGUGAAAGAGGCACUCCAGGGAUUCCAGGACAACCAGGUCUCCCCGGUGCUCCAGGCAGUCCAGGUGUCCCAGGUUGGAAAGGGCCACAAGGAGAUAUGGGACCUCUUGGACCAGCUGGAAUGAAGGGCCUCCCUGGACUCCCAGGACGGCCAGGGGCAGAUGGACCCCCAGGCUCCCCAGGAAUCCCAGGCCCUUUGGGGGAAGAUGGACUACCUGGCUUUCCAGGUCCAAAAGGACUCCAGGGGCUGCCUGGUUUUAGAGGUUUUCCUGGAGAAAGAGGAAGGCCAGGACCAGAGGGACCACCAGGCAGAAAGGGAGAAAUUGGAGAGAAGGGUUUACCUGGUGGUCUGGGAUAUCAGGGCGCAAGAGGUGCUAAAGGCAUGAGAGGACCUCCUGGAGAUGAAGGAGAAGUGGGUAUCUUUUCUGAGAAGGGGAGACCUGGGGAACCUGGACUGCGUGGAGAUGGUGGAUUCCCAGGAGAAAGAGGUGAUAAAGGAAGUCCUGGGAUGCAAGGAAGAAGAGGAGAACCAGGAAGACAUGGACCUCCUGGAUUCCACAGAGGGGAGCCUGGCAGAAAUGGACAACCAGGGUUGCCUGGUCCCCCUGGCCCGCCAGGCUCACCAGGGCCAAGAGGAAUCAUUGGUUUUCCAGGAUUUCCAGGAGACCAGGGUGAGCCAGGUUCCCCAGGUCCUCCUGGAUUUUCAGGACUCGAUGGUGCAAGAGGACCUAAAGGAAACAAAGGUGAUGCUGCCAGUCAGUUUGGGCCACCUGGCCCAAAGGGUGAGCCAGGUAGCCGUGGAUAUCAAGGACAUUUUGGAGGCCCCGGAGAGCAGGGUUUUCCUGGUGUUCAAGGGCACAGAGGACCACCUGGAAGGCCAGGAUCACCUGGCUCCUCUGGACCACCAGGGUGUCCAGGUGGCCAGGGGAUACCUGGGCUGGAGGGCCAUCCGGGAGAAGUGGGGGACCCUGGGCCAAGAGGCCUCCUGGGAGAUCCAGGGAGACCAGGUCCCCCAGGAAUGAAAGGUCCUUCUGGUUCUCCUGGCCUGGAUGGCUUGCAUGGGCUGAAGGGUCAGAAAGGAACCAAAGGUGCUUCAGGUUUGCAUGAAAUGGGCCCACCUGGUCCAAUGGGAAUACCUGGAAUCAAAGGGGAUAAAGGAGAACCUGGGAGCCCAGGAAUUUCUCCUCCAGGACUUUUUGGUGAACGAGGUCCCCCAGGCCUCCCAGGGAGACCAGGACCAGUUGGUCCCAUGGGUGCCACAGGAAGAGCUCCUAAGGGUGACAUUCCUGACCCAGGUCCUCCUGGAGAUCAGGGACUUCCUGGUCCUGAUGGCCCAAGAGGAGCACCUGGGCCUGCAGGCCCCCCUGGGAGUGUGGAUCUUCUGAAAGGAGAGCCAGGUGACUGUGGUGUGCCAGGGCCGCCAGGACCCCCCGGCCCGCCAGGCCCUCCGGGGUGCCAAGGUGUUCCAGGAUGUGAUGGACAUGAUGGCCAGAAAGGACCAAUGGGGUUCCCAGGGCUGCAAGGGCCCCAUGGCCUUCCUGGGCUACCUGGAGAGAAGGGUUUACCUGGAUCUCCAGGUAGAAAAGGACCCACGGGUCCUCCAGGUUACAGAGGUGAACCUGGGCCACCUGCGGAUGAAGAUUCUUGUCCCCGAAUCCCAGGGCUCCCUGGGGUGCCCGGCCCAAGAGGGCCAGAAGGAGCCAUGGGAUUCCCUGGACAGAGAGGACCCCCAGGUCAAGGGUGCAAAGGAGAGCCUGGACUGGACGGCAAGAGGGGCAGGGAUGGAGUCCCUGGGGCUCCUGGGCCUCCUGGACACAAAGGUGACACUGGAGAAGCCGGCCGCCCUGGAGCACCAGGCCCCCCUGGUCCUACUGGGGACCCUGGCCCCAAAGGGCUUGGCCCUGGUUACCUCAGUGGCUUCCUCCUCGUCCUCCACAGUCAGACAGACCAAGAACCUGCCUGUCCCAUGGGCAUGCCCAGGCUCUGGACUGGGUAUAGCCUCUUGUACCUGGAAGGACAAGAGAAGGCUCACAACCAAGACCUUGGUCUGGCUGGGUCUUGCCUUCCCAUAUUUAGCACGCUGCCCUUUGCCUACUGCAACAUCCACCAAGUGUGCCACUACGCCCAGAGAAACGACAAAUCCUACUGGCUGGCCAGCGCUGCCCCCUUACCCAUGAUGCCGCUCUCAGAGGAGGAGAUCCGCCCAUAUAUCAGCCGCUGUGCCGUGUGUGAGGCCCCGGCACAGGCGGUGGCGGUACACAGCCAGGACCAGUCUAUCCCCCCAUGCCCGCGAGCCUGGAGGAGCCUCUGGAUUGGCUACUCCUUCCUCAUGCACACAGGAGCUGGGGACCAAGGAGGAGGGCAGGCCCUCAUGUCUCCUGGAAGCUGCCUGGAAGACUUCAGAGCGGCACCAUUCCUCGAAUGCCAAGGCCGACAGGGCACGUGCCACUUCUUUGCAAAUGAGUAUAGCUUCUGGCUGACAACGGUACCACCAGACUUGCAAGUUUUCUCUGCCCCAUCACCAGACACCUUAAAAGAAAGCCAGGCCCAGCGCCAGAAAAUCAGCAGGUGCCAGGUCUGCGUGAAAUACAGCUAGAGACUGCAAAUGUUGCCUCCCUGUGGCCAGGAGGACUUCUUGGGGAGGCAGGGGUGGGGAGAGGGGCAGAGAAGGGGUGCCAAGACUAUCUGAGCUGUGCUAAGAGAUUUAAUGGUGCUCAUUUUAAACUCUGCUAUUCCUUUAGUCUCAACCUAUCUGUUCCCACGGUCCUCUAAUUCCUCCCUCUGCCCUUUGCUGAUUAAGCAUGUGCUACAUGCAUGGAUUUGUUUGGACCUACCAAUCUAGAUGGAACCCAGAUAUUCUUAUUUUAUGGAGGCUGAUGGAAGAGCUGGUUUAUUUUAAAAUAUGCUAAUUCAUAGGAAGGCAAGUAGAUGAUAAAGGCGAGAUUACAAAUCACAUUACUGAAAACUUCAUUCAUUGGUUAAUAGCACCUCAAACAAUUGAAGUCAAUUACCCUAUAAUAUAGUGGGCUUUGGGAUGGAUUUUAUGGGAAUGAAUAAAUAGGCCAGCAAAUGAAACUAGAAAGUAGAGAUUUUCAAUGUUUCAAAAUGAUUUCCUCUGUAAUCUAUUUUUCCAUGCACUUUAAAUAAUUGUAAAACCAUGACCCAAAGAGAUUAAAAAAAAAUCCACAUUGCCAGCAUUCACAGUUCAUUUCAGAGCAGAAUGAACCAUUAUGCCGGGAAGGCCCACAGUUGCUGUAUUCUAGAGAUGCGACAUUAGCAUAAACACAUCACAGAUGAAUAUGAAACAUUAUGUUCUCUUCUGCAUUUUUCAGAGAAUAGAAAUGCCUUCUUUGGCAACCCUUUUGAAAAGUAGUAAUUAUGGAAAAAAUAUAUUCACCAAGGGAUUAAAGGCCUAAAAGCUAUUAAUGUAUAUUAAGGUAGUGAUUCACAAAAACGGACUCCCCAUUGCUGUGAACUUCCAAACAGAGCGCCUUUCCCCAGUCGGGGUCCAGCACGUCCUCAGAGCUAAUGGGCCCGGAGCCACAUGGGGUUUACUGAGGCAGGGACACAGGCCCUGCAAAGCAUCUCGCUCCCCUCCCCAGGAGAACCCCCAGAGCACCCCUGCAGAUCAUAGCGGCCACUUUUCCUCCAUGCACAUAAUGGCAGCUCACACGGGGAGGUGACAGAGCUAUCAUUAUGCACUUGGGAGAAAAUGAAGGGCCGGCUUAAUUAAACAUAGGUGAGAAGAUUCAUUCAAGUUGGGGUCACCCCACCAGGCAAGCAUGGCCCUUUCUUUAAAGGAAACAAAGACGAUCUAUAAUCUGGCUUUUAUGUUCCUGUGAUUGGUUUUCUCCGGGGGCAUCCCAUAUUUCCAAUUUUAAAAAUAUUCUCUCAUAUUUUAUAUCAGUAUUGUGCCAAGGCAGCACUUUGACAUUUGGCAUUCACGUUUUCUCUACAAAUUUAGAAGACACAUCAAUUUGUAAUGAGUAAGUUUUCUAAAUAGCAAAAGGUCUGCUUUCUGUUUUGCUAGGAGCUCAGUGGUUUAAUCCUACAAAUCAAAAGGUAUUUUAGGAAAGAUUUUUAGGAAACUUGCCUACCUCACCAAAAAUAAAUGUCAUUUUGAGGAAAACUAAAGAAAUUUCUCAUGAGAGUAACACUCAUUUUAGUGCACUUAAAAAUAAUUGAGAGAAGAAAAACUCAAUUAAAAUUUUGUUUAUAAGUACUGUUUUCUUUGCCAAAUUUUGAUUAGUAGUGAGCUCUUCCAUGCAGCACACAUUUCAAAUGGGUUUUGCUACGGACUGCCCUCAGAAUGGCAAUUUAUUUUAAGAAUACUUUCUGGUAAGAAGAAAAAUGUACAUUUUAAGAUGAAAUAUUUUCUUGAUGUAGCAGAAUAUUUCCAAGUUUAUUUGAGCCAUCUUUAAAAAACUGUACUACUAUAUACCAUACUAAGUAUUUUUCAGUGCCUGAAAUGUAAGCUGUUGUCAACUUUAUUUUUACUUUUCAGUUCCUAAAACCUUUAACUAUUACCAAAAUUCAGGCCUCUUAAAGUUUGUCUGUUUAUCAUGAACUUAGUGUGAGAAUGAUUUCUGGGAAAAAGUAAGGGUGACAAAUAGAACAUGAGAAGCAUAUAUUUACUUGUUACAUUAUUUUAAACACUUUAACUGUGAUAUUAGAAUAUGAUCUGAAUUAGCUUUAUAAUGUUAACAUCAACUACAGGCUGGACUAAGGAAGAUUUCCUAUAUAGAGAACCUGUAUAGUGAGUUCAGAAUAUGGAUAUCACAACAGCCCUCUCUAAAUGCAACACAAGUGCCACCUUCUGAUUCUGAAAAGUAUUUUAAAUGGCCAAAGAGCAAGCUAAUAGGAAAAAUAACUUCUGAAAAUAGAAUACCAUAUUAUUUUGUCAUUAUUGUCUUCAGCUGGAUAUAUAUCACUGUGCUUUUAAACAUCCCUUCUCUGUGAAGGCCAGGAGUAAAGCCUUGAAGUUCUUGCUCAUUACUAGGGAUGAUUCCUAUCCCAAUCUCCUUCCCAAGGACCCCCGGACCCCCAGGCCCCCAAGCCCCCAGGCCCCCAGGCCCCCAGAUUGGUUGAAUGCACUGAGAGUGCCCAAUGGGGACUGCUGAGGCAGGAGCUGGCAGACUAGGAUGCUCCCUUCUGGGUGUGCCUAGUGGUAAAGGAACCUAUCCCUCCACACAGGCCUCCACGCCACAAGUGGCCAGUUCCUCCUGCUCUCACACUCCUCCGACUGGAUCUUGCGUCAUCCCUUCCUGGACAUUGCUAUCUCGCUUCCACCCUUCUACUUCUGCUCUUGCAAGUAACAGUCCCAACUGGUUUCUCAUUUCACAUCUCCAUCGACAUCUAAGAUCCAUCCAAAGUUGAUUUUGUUAUCCUUUGGCUUAAAACCCCCUUAAUGACUCCACUUAAUGACUCCCUUAAUGAAAUCCGAUUGAGCUGGCAUGGGGUGGGAGUUCCAGUGGGCACGCUGAGCCCUACCUCUGGGAGUAUCUCCUGCACAGUGAACACCUUGUAUAGUUCUGCAAACAUGCAGAGUACCUCUGUGCCUCAGCUCCUGCUUUUUGUCCAUCAGUGGUGUCUUUCCCCUCAGGUCCAUUGACCUGGCAGACACCUACUUGGGGUAUGUGUGAACUCCUCAACAGGGACCAUGACUCCUUUCUGCUGCUCGCUGCACAACAGAUGGUGCUGUCCUUUCUCCACGGUCAUCUUUGUUCUCUGAUGUCUCAGUGCACUUCUUUAUUCCGUUGCUAAAAUGCAACACCUUCAAGAGCAGGGACCAUGUUUUGCUUGGUUUGUCUACCCAGUGCCUAGCACAAAGCAGGGUACAUUACUGACACUUAAAUCUUUUUUUUUCUUCCCAGUGACAAUUCCACAAGGUCACUGGGCAUUAGAUGUGCUCUUCAUACAUGAUCCCAAGUUAACCAAAUGGUAGUAAGCAUAAAUCAUUUAUUACAAAAUAUCUGAAUGUUAUACAUAGCUGCCUACCCACAAUCUCUCAUAAGAUUAUUGCCAGAAAGCCAAUUAUGAGUUUUAACCAUCAUUUUUCACACCUCAAAAAUAGAGUAUUACUUUUUUACAAAUUGAAAUUUCAGAAAUCAUGAGAUUUGAAAGAUUUGGCUGGGAGAAGACCUUUCAUUUUAGCAUGACAUGACAGUGUAUGCUGUAAUCUCUGACCCCUCAUGGUUGAAGAGAUUUGUAGUACCAAAUCACCUCUAAACAAUUCACACAUGUACAUGUUAUAGGUGCUAAAAAAAAUAUUUGAUGGACUGGCCUGUUAUUCUGAACCACUUAUAAAUUAUAAUAGAGCAAACCUACUGGCUUAGAGUUCCUAUUGGCUGCUGGAAUAACUUGAUAAUUGUUACUUCUGCUUGGUGUGGUUGCCAGAAUACUACAAAGAUGAGGACUUUAGAGUUGGCUGCAUCCAAAUUUGAACCUAGCUUUAUCACUUUCCAGCUGUGUUACCCUGAGUGAGUUCCGCCAACUCCCUGAGUUUUAUUUCUCUCGUUUCCAAGAUGGGACAUAACACCUACUGUUGUUUUGAAAAUUAAGUUAGGUUGUCUGCCUAGCAGUCAAUAUGUCUAGAAGACAUAGCAGUCAUCAUACAUUUAUUAUGAUCACAUCUUUUAUUUAAAAUAAACUAUUUAAUAUGAAAAAUAUUUCUUGUGUUUUUUACACUGUAGAAUUCUAUUAUGAUUCUCACAGGGCAUAUAAAUUACUGAUUAGAAUUAUUUAUAACUGGCCAGUUCUUAAUGUCUUUGAGAAUGCUGUUUUAUUUCAAUUCUCAAAGCUACUGUACCACAAAAAAAAUCACAAUUUCCUGCAGGGACAUUAUCGGUAGGUUCUGCAGGGAACAAACAAUUGACAUUAAAAAUCAGUACUCUGCAAUUGUCACUGUUAUUAUCUGCCAGAAACUCUGCAUAAUGCAUUUUAAACCACCAAGGCUGGCUGCCACAUCCAUGGGAAAUGCUUGAAUUUUAUGGUGCUUAAAUAUUUAAUGAUUCAUGGGGAAAAUGUGAAAUGUGUCCAAUAAAUUGCCUCCCGUUCUCUAACCUAUGAUUGUAAAGUUAGACUUUCAGCAUGUAACUUUUGCAAGAUGCCUGAUCUGCCACUGACACUUAAAUCUUUGUUGUAUUAUGAUUUGUAAUAUGGCUCAUUAUACAUAAAAUUCUGUGAUGACUUCCAAAA